AUGCCUCGCAUCAUACGGCUCGGUCCCAACGUUACCCUAAAACUCAUGCCGCCGUCACCAGACUCAUGUUGUGAUACCUGCAAGUUAACCGACAAGUCCCCACUUAAGAUAGUAAUUCCUUCACUCUCGCAACGCCUCGCCAACUUGAAGCGGAAGCAGCUCUCCAGUUCUUCUGAGAGCUCCGAUUCAGGACUUCCAACAGUGAAGAAGUUACGAAGGAGGACAAAAAAACUUGGGGAUAAACCAGACACGUCGCGUCUGACGAUCAAAACUCGGCCCUUGCAGCGACAGAAUCCCACCGCAGUGGAUGAUAAGGAUGAGUCGGACGAUGGUAAUGCACCGGACGAUGAGGCGGAGGAGGAAGAGGAAGAGUCACAAAACCCUGCAGAGGCAAAUCAGGCUGUAUCCAACGCGUCGCGUCUGCGUAAUAAAAUCCGGCUUCCGAGGCGGCAGACUGAUACUGCGAAGGACGACAACACUAGCGGUGGUAAACCACAGGAGAAAGAGGAGGAUGAGGACAGUUAUCGGGAGGCUAGCUCCUCCGAGAGUAGCGAUGAGGAGGAGGAUGAAUACAUACCUCCACGCAAGCGCCAGCGCAAAUGUCUUCAAAGCAUCUCAAACCGCUUGUCCUCGCGAACCCGUACCUCCACCUCUACUUCCGCCGCUAAGCACAGUGAUGGAGUGUAGACGCUGUGAUUACAUCUGUGUCACUACAAUAUGAAUGAUUUGUAUUUUACGCUUUUUACAAUGGUUUGGAAAGCUGAUGACAUGUUAUAGAAAUGCUUGCUUGUGUACUAUAGAAGGCUUAGAAGGGGCGUUCUCAAUAUAAUCAUACCAUUAGCUACUGAAGAGGG